AUGAUUGGUUCUAGAAUGAGAAUGCUGGCCGCCAGACAGUACCAUAUUUCGGCUAAAGACAGCGCCAACAAGGUUUCUACGCUUGCUGUGAGAGUGCAUGGUGGCUCGCGCUACGCCACCAAGGACGGUGUGGCCCAUUUGCUCUCGAGAUUCAACUUCCACAACACGGGCAACAAGUCGGCUCUGCGUUUGGUGCGUGAGUCAGAGCUUUUGGGUGGCCGUUUCGAGUCUUCCGUGGACCGCGAAUACAUCACCUUGAAGGCAACUUUCUUGAAGGAAGACCUGCCAUACUACGUUUCGGCUUUGGGCGACGUUGUUUACAAGACCUCCUUCAGACCUCACGAGCUUCCAGAAUCGGUUCUUCCUGCUGCCAAGGCUGACUUGGCCCAGGCCGAAACUUGCCCUGUGAAGUCCUCGGAAGAGUUGCUAUACGGUGUUGUCUUUCGCAACGACCUUGGUAACGCCUUGUUGUACGACGGUGUGCAAAAAGUAAACCUCGACGAUAUCAAGGCCUACGCUGACAAGGUUUACACUCGCGACAACAUCGAGAUUGUUGGCCAAGGCGUCAACGAAGGCGACCUCAAGCGCUUCGUCAACGACUCGCUGUUCGCCUCUUUGCCUCAAGGUACUUCGUUGGCUAAAGAGACGACGCCAAAGACCUACGUCGGCGAGACCCGUGUGAGAUCUAGCCAGGGCGACUCUGUUGCUGCCAUUGCCGUUCCAGUCGCCAAGUCCGACUUUGCCACCUACCAGGUCUUGGCCACCUACUUGACCUCUGCGCUAUUCGACUUGUCUUCGGUUAUCCACAAGGCCAAACUAGACACCUACUCCAACGCCGGCUUGUUCUCUCUAUAUGUCAAGGGUGCUGACGCCAAGGUUGUGUCUGAGAACAUUCAAAAAGUCGUCGCUGCCUUGAAGAAGGGCCAGGACAUCUCCGUUGCCAAGGAGGCUGCUUCCUUGCAGUUGGCUCUCAAGAACGAAACUGACCUCUUCUCCGAGCAGCUCUCUCUAGAUAAGGUCAAGGACUUCAAGUUGGGCAAGUUCAGCUACGCCGCUGUCGGCGACGUCAGCAACUUGCCUUUUGCCGACCAAUUGUAA